UUGGGCUGCUCCACAGUCCACACUGAUGCUCGGGCUAAUGUGAACUAUUCAAUCAGUUUCUUCGCUAGAACAUCCAACGGCUGAGAUCGCGUGCGCGCAACCCUAGGCACCAGAUCACAGGUACUGGGAGCUCCGCCACCAUAAGUAGAUGGCUCCGUUAGGGUUGUUUUUGCUACUCUGCUUCUGCUCUCACCUGUUUCGCUGCUCGCCCGAUCUCGCGCUGCCGAUCUGAGAUCGAGCGAAGCUAAGCUUUUUCAUCGAGAUGGUGCUUGUACUGCAUGCUAACAGUGGUAACAAAAAUGCAUUCAAAACACUAAUUGCCGCAGAAUACAGCGGUGUCAAGGUUGAGUUGGUGAAGGACUUUCAAAUGGGUGUCUCCAACAAAACUCCAGAGUUCCUCAAGAUGAACCCUAUUGGGAAGAUUCCUGUCCUGGAGACUCCUGAUGGUCCUGUUUUUGAGAGCAAUGCAAUUGCAAGAUAUGUUACUCGCUUGAAGGCUGAUAACCCACUUUAUGGAUCUUCACUGAUUGAUUAUGCCCAUAUUGAGCAAUGGAUUGACUUUGCUGCAACAGAGAUUGAUGCAAACAUUGGAAAGUGGUUGUACCCACGGAUGGGGUUUUAUCCCCAUGCUGGUGUGGUAGAAGAAUCAACUAUUGCUGCCUUGAAGAGAGCAUUGGGUUCUCUGAGCACCCAUCUUGCAUCAAACACAUUCCUUGUUGGGCAUUCAGUGACUCUCGCGGAUAUCGUGAUGACAUGCAAUCUCUGUAUGGGAUUUAGCCGUAUCUUGACUAAGAGUUUUACCUCAGAGUUCCCUCAUGUUGAGAGGUAUUUCUGGACCAUGGUUAACCAACCAAACUUCAAAAAGGUCAUUGGUGACGUUAAGCAGGCAGAAGCUGUGCCACUUGUUCCACAGAAGGCUGCUCCAGCCAAAGUGCAGAAGCCUAAGGAAACCAAAAAGGAGGCUCCGAAGCCCAAGGUAACUGAGAAAUCAGCAGAAGAAGAGGAGGCACCAAAGCCUAAGCCAAAGAACCCUCUUGAUUUGCUUCCUCCUAGCAAGAUGAUUCUUGAUGAUUGGAAGAGGCUGUACUCUAACACGAAAACCAACUUCCGUGAGGUUGCUAUUAAAGGUUUCUGGGAUAUGUACGACCCAGAGGGCUACUCCCUGUGGUUCUGUGACUACAAGUACAAUGAUGAGAACACAGUGUCGUUUGUGACCAUGAACAAGGUUGGUGGCUUCCUGCAGCGGAUGGACCUGUGCCGCAAAUACGCCUUUGGCAAGAUGCUUGUGGUAGGCUCUGAGCCCCCUUUCAAGGUCAAGGGGCUCUGGCUCUUCAGGGGCUCAGAAAUUCCCAAGUUUGUCAUGGACGAAGUCUAUGACAUGGAGCUUUAUGAGUGGACCAAGGUUGACCUCUCUGAUGAGGCACAGAAGGAGCGGGUCAAUGCCAUGAUUGAGGACCAGGAGCCAUUCGAGGGCGAGGCCUUGCUGGAUGCAAAAUGCUUCAAGUGAGGAAAGAGUUUUUGGGUCCAAUUCUAAAACAGCCAUGGAUGAUAGCUUUUGAUAUGGCGUGCUGGUUAUGAUUAUGCUGUGGAGUUUUGGCCAUGUUAACGGGAGGUCGUGCUCGCGAAACCUUCUGCAUUAUCGCAUCGGAAUCGUUUGUCAUGUGCAUCCUAGUGAAUAGAUAUAUUAUGAAAAUAUAUCUCCUGAAAUUUAAUGAUAUUUAUUUUAUUUUAUAACGAUUUAUACUUUUUAUUUAAUAUAUAUUAGUCAAACUUGACAUGCUUUAAUUCAA